UCAAUUGAACUUUCCAGAACGUAAAACCGUACUGAACGCAGCCCUUGAUUCUCUUGACAGCAGCUGAACAAUUUGGAAACUUUCCCGAACUAACUCAAAGACAAAAGGAAAAUUUACUAAAAGUGGGCCCACAUCGUUAUUUUCUCUUUUAAAAGCGUGUCUAGGUGUUCAAAUGUGGAAUUAUUGAUGGAUUCGCGGUAUGAGAUCCAGCGGAGGGCCGGUGGGGGAUCGGCAAAUGCUUCCCCGGCUCUGGGGGCACAGUCUCGCCGCAGGAAGAUGCCGCCCAGACCCGCAGAUUAUAAACUUCAGAUCAUUAUCAUUGGCUCCCGCGGAGUAGGCAAAACCAGUCUAAUGGAAAGGUUUACCGACGACACCUUCUGUGAAGCAUGCAAAUCAACCGUUGGAGUAGAUUUUAAGAUCAAGACGGUGGAGCUGAGAGGGAAGAAGAUCAGGUUGCAGAUCUGGGAUACAGCUGGUCAGGAGAGGUUCAACAGCAUAACCUCAGCCUACUACCGUGGGGCCAAGGGAAUAGUACUGGUCUAUGACAUCACCAAGCAGGAAACGUUCGACGACCUGCCCAAGUGGAUGAAGAUGAUCGACAAGUAUGCUUCAGAAGAGGCAGAGCUGCUGCUGGUGGGGAACAAGCUGGACUGUGAGACAGACCGCAUCAUCACUAGACAGACUGCAGAGAGGUUUACCUCGAGGAUAUCUGGGUUGCGUUUCUGCGAGGCCAGUGCCAAGGAUAACUUUAACGUGGAGGAGUGCUUUCUAAAACUAGUGGACGACAUUCUAGCCAAGAUGCCUCUAGAGAUUCCCACCAGGAAGCUCUCCAACAGCAUCCUGUCUCUGCAGCCUGAACCAGAAGUGCCUCCCGAGCUCAACCCGCCACGCAUGCACUGUUGCUGAGAUGACUCAACUC